CGAGAAACGUUCUUUUUUUUCGUUAAGCGGAAAUAUUGUAAUAGGUGGAAGAUUAGGAAGUUGUUCAACCUUAUCUUCUAAAAAUCAUUCUACAUCUUCUACACAAUUUUUGGAGUUGUACGAAGGUAAGCCAUGGAAUAUAAGUAAUUUAAAUCACAAAUUUCAGAACCAUGUUCAUGAUGCUUGGGAAAUCACAUUCCGUCUAAUCAUACAGGCGCAUGGAACAGUAUAUACAAGCUCCACAUACCACGCCACGUGCCGUGUGAUCUUGGCUUUAAUCUCUUCUCUUGCAUUAAUUAUAAAGUCCCUACGGUGGCCUCACGUAAUAACUAUCUGUUUUAUAUCCCUGUGUGUAACACAAAUUGUGCUGCUAAUGAGCGACUCCUAAGAAUAAUGAGGAUUACCAAUACAGAACCGUUUCACUCUUCUAAUUAAUUACUUUAUCUUAUUAUAUACACCUAUUUUAUGUUUUGUUCAUCAUUAAUUAUUAUUGUAUUUAUUUCAUAUUUUCGUAUUGUUGUCUAUAGAUUGUGCUAAUGUUCAUAUGUUGGUUACUUGUAAUAUAAUCAUUGAGCUACCAGCUCAACUUUAAAAUAAAUAAAUAAUUAUAAUAUUGAUAACAGAUUGUAAACAUUGUUCAACUUACUUGGCUUCAAAGACAUGGUUUACGAAAUUAUUAAAAUUGAGAUAGAUAACAGUAUCAAAAUUAUAUUUUGUCAUGAAUAUUAAAUUAAUUAUAUUAAUUCUAUAUUAUAACUAAAACUAUUAAUUUACAAUUAAAUUAAUUUUGUUUAUAGUUGUAACCGAAAGUUAUAAUACAUAUUUUCAUAUAUACUAUUCAUCUAAGUACUAAAUUGAACGUGUUAAUAGUUUACUAGUGUUACGAAUAUCAUUGAUAUCGUAAAGCAAUACAUUUGAAAUGUCUGCAGAAGAUGUGCUGUUCGAUAUGCUACACUCGGAAAUUGUGUCGUAUUUAGUAUCCAAAUCCGCUGAGGUAAUUCGUUGUAACUGAUUAUUUAAUUUUACUUUUGUGUGAUUAAAAAAACUUUAUCUCUUAUUAGGACGAGGAUAUCUCGAUUUUAGAACAUCUGGGUUACUCUUGUGGUUGGCGAUUAAUCGAAAGGUAAUUUGAAUUUAUUUGAUUGAAUAUUUUCCCUAAACCAUAGUUUGUUAUUUAGAAUAACCAAAGAACUACCACGAUAUAAAGAAGAACUUGAUAUUUUAAAAUUUAUAUGCACAGACUUUUGGUCAUGUGUUUAUAAAAAACAAGUGGACAAUUUACGGACCAAUCAUCAAGGUGUAUAUGUUUUGCAUGACAAUGAGUUUCGAUUUUUCAGUAAACUAUCAAAUGGUACACAAUAUUUGAAGUCUGCACCUAAAGUUAGUCAAAUAAAAAAUAUUAAUUGUAAAGAUAAUUAUUUUAAUUAAACCAAUCUUGUUUUUUUUUGUUUUAGUAUGCUACAUUCACAUGUGGUCUAAUUAGAGGAGCUUUAGAAAAUUUUGGAAUCUCAAGUAUUGUAACUGUCGAAAUAUCUAGAAUGCCAUUAUGUAAAUUUAAUAUUCAAGUACUGCCCUCUUCUUCAUAGUAGUAUUAGGUCAUUUUUUUUCUCAUACAUGUAUAAUAGACAAAAUCCAUAUAAUAUUGUACAAUUUUUAUAUUUAACUAUCAGUUAUUAUUUUAUGCAAGUAUCUAAUUAAAAACUUACAUACAACAAAACAUUGUAUUAUAAUUCUAUUUUUAAAUAAUUCCUUGAAAAGAUUAGUUUAAUACACAAUAACAAAUAUUAAUACAAAUAAUAGAAAUUAAAAAUAAAAACCAAC